AUGGUUCAACUAGAAGUAGAUGCACUUGAUGAAGACUUCGUCAAGUCUAUCUCUCAAUUAUUAUCGGAUGCUGGCGUACCUUCAGUUCUAUGGGGUGAUUAUCUCCUAACUGUGUACGGAGUACCGUCUAUCAUCGGGGGAAUAGAGUUCGUUGUCCCGGAUGAAAAAGUCUCAGCCGCCGUAGCCGCGCUGAAAGGAUCCAAUCUGAAAAGAUGUCCGGACCCUAGAUCAUGUGUUGUAUCUAGGGAGCAUACACAACAACCAGCCCCAUCUUUCCAUAUGCAUCUUGGAACGUCGGAGGUGGAUGUUUCUAUACGAACGCAUUCUGAAACCCUAUGGUUUAUUCCACCUCCUCCUCAAGAUAUAUUCAGCAAUGCUAGGCCACAAGCUUCGCGCUACAUCUUCGCUUCUGACGACUCUAUCCUCCCACGUCCUAGACAUGGCAGGGGUCACGGUGCCUUCUCAAAAGAGGGAUUUCCUGUUGUCGUCCCGACUGCACACACAAUUCUUGAGGCGUAUAUGCGCCUAUCUAUUGCGCAUCGGGAACAAUAUAGCGGCUUUUACCUCGGCAUGAUGACAUACGUUGCAGAGUACAUCGAUGCGGACGGACUCUUGGACGAUACACAGCUGCCGGAAUCAUGCCGCAAAUUCUGGCAUGAUUUCAAAGACGGCCAGCGACAAACUAGGGAAAUGAUGAAUGAACUCCAGGACUAUUUUGACAAGGAGAGCGCGGAAAAAAGACGUGGUGGCCGGUGGUCAAUCACAAGACUUAUAACUUCUUGGUUUGGCAUUAAUGACGGAAAAUAA